CUGUUAAUACAGGAGCUCCAGCAACCGGGUGAGAGGGCACAGGAACGGGGGAAAGGUAUCUGGAGUAUUCAAAGAAGAGCAGAAAAUUAGAUUUUUGCCACUUUAAGGCACAGGAAAGAACAAUGAGGAAAGCAGUGGCGUUUGCACUUUUGCUCCUAACCAUGGCUGCAGAGGUGAGAGGAGCCAAAGACGAGGCGAGAGCACAGAACCCCAACUCUGCACACACAAAGGAGGCUGAAAAGUCUGAUGGGCUCCCUGCAGACAGCAGCUCUUCUUCAGGGUUUUCAGGUAACCUGCUGGUGGUGCCCAUGGAUGGGAGUCACUGGGUUGGUAUCAAAGCCAUCGCUCAGGAAAUGGGCCGGCGUGGACACAGGGUCACCGUGGUGAUACCAGAGAUCAGCAUACGGAUGGGCCCCGGGAAAUACUACGACACCAUAGCCUUCCCCGUCCCCUACGACGAGGCUUACCUGGACUACGUGAUGUCUUCGCACAAGGACAUCAUGGAGAAGAUAAGGAAACGAUACACGCAGGUCCAGAGGAUAGCAGGUUUUAUUCACACCACUGCAGAGAGCCUGCUGUUCAACAGCAGCCUCAUCUCUCACCUGGCUCAGCAGGUGAUUUCCCUUUUCCUGGGUUCUCUGUGUUUGAGCACCUGCACAUUCCUCAGCUGUCACUGGUUAUCACUUCCAGGUAUCCCCACGGUGAAUUUACUGAGAGGGACUCCGUGUUCAGCCGACAUGAAGGCUGCGGGCUGCCCCUCCCCGGCCUCAUUCGUACCCCGCUCCUUUACCGGAUACACAGACAGAAUGAACUUUAAGGAGAGAGUCAUCAACACUUUGGUGGCUGUCCUGGAGCCGUUGUUCUGUCGGCUGAUGUUUUGGCACUUUGACCACAUAGCCUCUGAGUUUCUGGAGGAGGAGGUGGGCAUCAUGGAGGUGCUGUCAGACUCUGACAUCUGGCUGCUCAGGAUCGACUUCACACUCGAGUUGCCCCGUCCCCUCAUGCCCAACAUGGUCCUGGUGGGUGGGAUCAACUGCAACGUGAGAAACCCUCUUCCUGAUGAUUUGGAGGAGUGGGUCUCUGGACAACAUGGGUUUAUAGUCUUCACUCUGGGCUCCAUGGUGUCAGAUUUGCCUGAAGACAUCACAUCUGUCUUUCUUGAUGCCUUCGGACAGAUUCCACAGAAGGUGAUCUGGAGGUACACCGGCCGGGUGUCUGAGAAUGUCCCGAGUAACGUGAAGAUGAUGAAAUGGGUGCCUCAGAACGACCUGCUUGCACACCGAGGAGUUCGAGCCUUCAUCACUCACGCUGGCUCACACGGCGUGUUUGAGGGUUUGUGUCACGGCGUUCCAAUGUUGAUGGUGCCCUUGAAUGCAGACCAGCCAGACAACGCCCUGAAGAUCGCACAAAGAGGAGCCGGACUCGUGUUGGACAUUACUUCUCUGACCACAGAAAGCCUCCUGCAGGGACUGACAGAGAUCAUCAACACCACCAGGUACAAAGAGAACGUGCAGAAGCUGGCAGCUCUUCACAACGACCGUCCGGUCGACCCACUCGAUCUUUCAGUGUACUGGACAGAAUAUGUGAUGAAACACAAAGGGGCAAAGCACCUGAAAGCUGCUGUCCGUGACCUCCACUGGUUCCAGUACUUCUGUCUGGAUGUGAUAACAUUUCUAGCUGCGACGGUGCUGCUCUCUGUGACACUGACAGUGAAAUGCCUGAAGUUCUGUUUUGGGAAACUGAACAGGAAGAAGAAGCAGGCCUAGAGAUAA